CUGACCCUCUCGGGAUAACAGACUUGAAACCCUCCGCCAUGUUUUUGCGUCUUGGAGGAAUCGAAGGUCUUCUGCUUGUUCAGUUAUGGGGGCAGGAGCUUCAGUUGCAAAUGAGGAUGAAAUAAGAGAGUCGGAAUCUAAUUCAAACUUCACUGCAAAAGAAAUACCCAAGCUGUUGAAGAGGUUUGCAUACUAUGAUCCAGGGGGCAGAAAUGGUGGCAUAACACUUAAACAGUUCCUGGACAUACCAGAGAUAUCUACAAAUCCAAUUAUGCCUAAAGUGGCCUCUGCUUAUCUUGAAAGAAGGACAAACAGGUUAACGUCUGAGUCAUUCAUCAGCAUCCUUUCUAGAUUGAGUCCACGCAACUCACUGGAUGACAAGAAACAAUUUGCAUUUCAGUUGCUAGACACUGAUAAUGAUGGGUACUUGUCAUACAGCGAAUUGUUCAGCUUGUUCAGAAUGGUAACUGGCCCUACAUUAACAGAUGACCACGUUUUGGGAAUUAUAACAAGCAUUUUGAGUAGGAGUGACCUGCAGCAACCUACAAGGUUGACAUUUGAAGAAUUCACAAAUAUUGUCUCUGAUGAGGAGAUAGAAGAACUGUUUACUGUGGAAUUGCAACUUCCAUAAUCAAAUGGUUGAUGUGGUGCAACUGGUUACACCCCAGAGAACACCUUUGUAACUGCCAUGACAUUGUGGGCUUCAUAGGACGAAAGACUUGUGAUGACAAACAGCUGAAAAAGAGAGAAACCAGGUAUGGCCCAAGACAUGAACAACAGGAACGACAGUGUUUGUGAAGCCUUGUGUAUACUCCGACAUGAUGCAGACAGGCAUAUGUAAGAACAGGUUGGAAGAUGUUGUCAUUCUCACUGCUUGCGGAUCCCAGCGUCACAAUAGCACAAAGACUGAACACUUUGAUAGACAUAUAACAUUACAUUAAUUUUGAGAAAUGGCAAAGUAACAUUAAGUAGCUUGUUUGUUUUCUAUGGUUGGUAGUGAAGGCAGUAUUGGUGUCCCAACUAUUUUCUAAUUUGUCAAAUUGAUGUAAGGGUAAAGUCUGCAUUCGAACCAAGUGGCCCAUCAGGCUGGCCCUUAUCUCCAGUUUCAAUAGCAUGAGGCAA